AUGCGUUCUUCCAUCCUCCUCGUCGCUUUCUCGGCUCUCGCCGCUGCUCAGUCCUCCGUCGCUGUGCCCCAGGGUCAGCCCUCCGCUGCUGUCACCUCUUCCCCUGUCAUCCCCACUCAGGGCUCUCUGCCCGCUGGUGCUUCCAGCGCUCUUAUUGGAUCUAGCGGUGUUCCUUCUUCCUUCGCGAAGUCGGCCAGCGCCUCUGCUUCUACUUCCACCAAGACCUCCACCAAGACCUCCAGCUCCGACUCUUCCACCUCCACCAGCGACUCUUCCUCCAAGAGCGGCUCCAGCUCCAGCUCCAGCACCUCUUCCGGCGCUGGUGUUCCUCUCGCCACCGCUGGCCCCGUCGGUCUUUCCGUCGUGGCUGGUGCUGCCCUUGCCGCUUUUCUGUAG